UGCAGAUGUCCAGCAGCUGUUGGUGGGUAAAGAAGAGCUUCCACCUGAGCAGCAGGAGUGGAGCCACAUUCUGGACCAGGAGGACACUAAGCCCCAACACAUUAAAGAAGAACAUGAGGAACUGUGGAUCAGUCAGGAGGAAGAACAGCUUCAAGGACUGGAGGAGGCUGAUACCGCCAAGUUCCCCUUCACUCCUGUCUCUGUGAAGAGUGAAGAUGAUGAAGAGAAACCUCAGUCCUCACAGCUUCAUCAGAGACAAACUGAACAGAUGGAAACAGGAGUUGAUGGAGAGGACUGUGGAGGAGCAGAACCAGAAAGGGACUUAGAUCCAGAGAGACGUUUACAACCAGAGACUGAGGUCGAGACUGAAGACUCUGGUGAACCUGAGACUGAUGACAGUGAUGAUUGGAAAGAGACAAGAGAAGAUCUGUCAGAAUUAAACUUGAAAAAUAAGAAACUAAAGACUGGUAAGAGACAACACAGCUGCUCGGAGUGUGGUAAAAGGUUUAACCGGAAAGAGACUCUGACCAGACACAUGUUAGUUCAUACAGGAGAGAAACCCUUGAGCUGCUCUGUUUGCAGUAAAAGCUUUACCCAUAGACAAAGUCUGACCACACACAUGUUAGUUCAUACAGGAGAGAAAGCCUUCAGCUGCUCUGAGUGUGGUAAAAGAUUUAACCGGAAAGAGACUCUGACCAGACACAUGUUAGUUCAUACAGGAGAGAAACCCUUGAGCUGCUCUGUUUGCAGUAAAACCUUUACCCAUAGACGGAGUCUGACCACACACAUGUUAGUUCAUACAGGAGAGAAACCCUUCAGCUGCUCUGUUUGCAGUAAAAGCUUUACCCAUAGAGGAAGUCUGACAAAACACAUGUUAGUUCAUACAGGAGAGAAACCCUUCAGCUGCUCUGUUUGCAGUAAAAGCUUUACCCAUAGAGGAAGUCUGACAAAACACAUGUUAGUUCAUACAGGAGAGAAAGCCUUCAGCUGCUCUGAGUGUGGUAAAAGGUUUAACCGGAAAGAGACUCUGACCACACACAUGUUAGUUCAUACAGAAGAGAAACCCUUCAGCUGCUCUGUUUGCAGUAAAAGCUUUACCCAUAGAGGAAGUCUGACAAAACACAUGUUAGUUCAUACAGCAGAGAAAGCCUUCAGCUGCUCUGAGUGUGGUAAAAGGUUUAACCGGAAAGAGACUCUGACCAGACACAUGUUAGUUCAUACAGGAGAGAAACCCUUGAGCUGCUCUGUUUGCAGUAAAAGCUUUACCCAUAGACGGAGUCUGACCACACACAUGUUAGUUCAUACAGGAGAGAAAGCCUUCAGCUGUUCUGUUUGCAGUAAAAGCAUUACCCGAAGAGGAAAUCUGACCACACACAUGUUAGUUCAUACAGGAGAGAAACCCUUCAGUUGCUCUGUUUGCAGUAAAAGCUUUACCCAUAGACAAAGUCUGACCAGACACAUGUUAGUGCAUACAGGAGAGAAACCCUUCAGCUGCUCUGUUUGCAGUAAAAGCUUUACCCAAAGACAACAUCUGACCACACACAUGAUGAUUCAUAUAGGAGAGAAAUGCUAAUCCUGUGCAAUGGUAAAACUGAUCCAAAGGAUUCCAACUUAACAUCACUAAUGUGUAUAUAAGACAAAAAAGAAAUAAAAGACAUAAAUCUGUCUCUACUUUUUUGACAUUGAUGUUUUGUUGCUGACAUAUGAACCAGUAAGUUUGGAUCAGCUAUGACGUUUGAAUUUAAAGUGUUUAUAUGAAACAGUUACAGUGUAAGGAUUCUUCUUCUCUCCUGAUAUCUUCUCUUCUUUCUGUCACUCUGUUUCCUUGGAUGCCUCUGUGUUGGGUAGCAGAAGUUCUUCAGACAGCUCACGUGUAACCUUGUAAUAAAUAAACUGAUGUAGAGUGAGAAAGA